ACUGCGGGGCAGUCUGUGUUUCGGCGUCAAGCCGUCUACUUGUUACUUUCCCCUCUCUCUCUCUGCCUCGUGAAACCUCCACCUCUCAUCCUGUCUCACUUUCUCCCCUUCAGAAAAACAGCCAAGAAAACAACUAACCUCUGCUGACUAAUUCCCAAUUAUUUCAUACUUGACUUCGCCUCCUACCCGCCCGGCUUCAUGUCAUCACAGUCGAAAUAAUCAAGUGAAUCAAAACAAAACAAGGAGAGAAUUGUGUGCCCUAAUAAUUUCCUGACGGAGACACAUCUCCACCAUUGUUCUCACUUCCUCCUCUUCCUCCAGCAGUGUGUGGGGGAUGUAACAAUAAUAAGCAACUCAACCAUGGCAAAAUAGCGAAACAAUAAAACGGGACGAUAUUUGCACACAAUUGCGAGCAAACGGACUUUGGCAGAGUUGAGUGAGUAGUGAGUUUAAUAACGGAGACGACGACCAAGAAGAACGAACGGUUUACUGUUUAUAAUACUAAGUUGAGCUGCUCCUUUCCUGUAUUGUUUCCUUGUGUCCUGGCCAAACCGACCAGAAGAAGAAGAAGAAGAAGAAUACGGCGACGAAGACGACUAGCCAUUCCACGACUGAGGCGGAGAAGCGGCGGAUGGACGGAUACCCACUCGCAUUGCAAAUUGGAAAAGUUAUACGACAACAUGUCAACCACAGCACGGAGAAAGGGAACAACAAAAGGCGCUCAAGAUUGAGUGAAAACGAGAAGGAAGUGACUUUCCCUCAAGACCACGAGACCACACGUCUCAGCAGCUCGAGAAGAAGAAUCAAGGAGUCAACUAUGGAGGAAACAGGCUAAAAACCAUAGUCACGGGGAUUCUUCUCUCUUCAUCCACCAGGUCCAAUCUACUCAGGCCUCUGCAGGCUGAAAACUGAGGCAGCAGUGGACACAAUCUCUUGUGGAUGAAGGAUAAUAACACUACCAUUUUGUCGUGGGACGAGAGUGAAAUGUGAAGUGAAACGAGAUAUGACAUGGUGUUUGUGGUGGUGUGGUGAACAUUUAUACAUUGCAGCGUCAUGUUCUCAUCCUAGGCGAAAACUGCUCCUUCGGCCUACAAUAAAUCUCCUUCUUCAUAUUCCACCCAAUGAGGAGGAGCACUCAGCAGAGUAGGACGGCUACACGACUUGCAUGGAGACGAAUACGGAUAUUGAAUUGAAAUUUUAAAACUGAAUUUCCAUCCGAAGAGCUCACCACCACCAUCGUCGUUAUUUAUUACGUUGGAAGAAGUGGAUGGACUCUGCCGCUUUGGGUGCUGGAGGUAAUGGACUCCCAAUUCCAAUCUGGGUCGAAGAAGACAACCCACUUCACUAACAUGCUUCGAUACUUUCUCCUGAUGCUAUCAAUCGCCCCGAGUUGUUUUAUGGAGAGGGAUUUUGGCGAGUCGAGGAAGAACAUAUCGUCGGCGGAGUCGUCCUCUACAUCACUACAAUCUCGACCACCAGGCUCAUCAUUGCCGUGGCUGCUCUUGGCUCUUGGCGGAACGCAGGGAGCAAUUGAGAUGGUGGGGCCCAGAGAUUUCAAAGCUCUUAGUGGCGAUCUAGUGGUUUGGACUCGUCUAUCUCCAUUAGUCUUUAAUCUCACGGGCACUCUGGAUCCCAACCAAAGUUUCAACCUCCCCUCCGUCGCCAUCCAGUUGUUCUUCUGCGCCCAAGGAGGACGAAAUAUACUCUUGACCACACAACCCGUUCCCAGUCCCCUCACCACUUCCUGGGAAAAGGUUGCUUUCCCCUGCAAUGUGAUUGUCCAAGGCGGACUCUACCUCGUCCGCCUGGUCCACAGCUAUUCUGUCGCGAGUGGUGAGAGCGACUCCAAUAGCGAAGAGGAGGACGAAAGUAGCAGGAACUUUCUCAACAAUAAUGACAACAAUGUGCAAAUUAUGUCCAACAUCACGAUACAAAUUCGCUAUCCUACCAUUGUGUUUGAAGUCCCGCAUCGGAUCCAGGCUUACACCACCUCCACGCCGAUAUCCUUUGGUUUCACUCGCAGCAUAAGUUGUGUUCCCAAACUUCCACUGCCCUCCACCCUUCUCGUGCUAUCAAUCUGCUCCCCGGAGGAAGUAAAGACUGAGGAUUCGGCAGAUAGCGAGAUAAAGAGUGAUGAUUACAGCGAUGACGUCGCGGCUGCUAUUUCAACUACCUCUUCAACAAAUCUUGGUGGUAAAGACUGCCACAGGGAUUUUGCUCCAGUAUUUCAAGAUCCGCUUCAUUCCCUUCAGAGAGAGGGCCAUGUUACCAUGAGUGUGGAAUGCCAUUUGUGGGCCCGCAACGCCACAUACCGAGUCCAAAUGAGGGAAAAGUCAACGAGAACUGUUAUCGCAAAAAGUCGACCUAUCCGGGUGGAGUGGGGCUCUCAGUUCUCCAUCAACGUGAGCAAGCCGACUGUGAUGCCUUGUCGAGGUUCCAUCCGGGCCAUUGUGUCCCAUCCCAGCAGUUGCAUUCUACCUGGAAAAGACAAGAUUCGCGUGUACGGUCAUGAAACCCUCUCCGUGCCCAGUGCCCUCGUCCCCAGCCGAUUGAGCUAUAUUGCGGAACAUAAAAUUCAACCCAACUCCAGAGUUGUCACGUUCAGAUGCAAUCUCUUCCCACAACGGUUUCUCCGCUUUUGCUUCCAAUACAUCAACACGGCUGUGGAUGACAGUGUGGCCAUUGUGGUGGAGAAGUGCAUUCCCACCAACCCUCCCCUACAACUUGCAGAUGGCGGGUGGGGGGCUUGGAGCGUGUGGACACCAUGCACGGUCAGCUGCGGUCCCGACGGGCGGCAGUAUCGCUAUCGCUUCUGUGACAAUCCGCCUCCAUCUGCUGGUGCUAACUUUUGUCACGGCGAGUCAAUCGAAGAACGAGGCUGUGAUAGCGCAAUUCCCACCUGCCCCACUCCCAUCCUGUAUGUGGAUACGGAGAGUGAAGGUGGGGUCGGCCUGGUCUCCAGGGAAGACAAUGCCGAUGGAGGUGGUUCCAUGUCGGGGGAAAAUAACCACCACUAUCACCACCACUCCCACUCCCAACAUCGCCACAGCCUACACCAACUCCAGCUGGAGAACGUGACCCUGACGCCUGGGUGCGAGUGUGGCUGUAUUUUGUAUGACCUCGUGCCGGAGAGGAAUGACACGUUGGUCAUCUUCAUUUCGUCCAAUUACUCCUCCCCAUGUGCGGACGAGGACGAAGUGGACCAUCAUAAAUUCAAAUGGAUUUUCCACGCGAAGGAUGAACGUGACCGAGUGCGACUGGAAGUGGUGGAAAUGGAGGUUCAAUGCGUUACAAUCACUUUCCGUGAUGGGAACACGACGGACUCGAAUUUGCUCCAAGUGAUCACAUCCGAAGAACAACAUGCCCAUUACGAAGAGUCCUCGCGGAGUGGUCAACCAUCAGGCCAACUUUGGGACAAUAAGGGUGGUGGGAAUAGUGAUGAGAUGGAGGAAGACGUCUUUGAACCCCUGACCCUCGAGUCCACCGGGUCCUCUCUGUCCAUCUCGGCCUUCGACACUAACAAAAACUGCAGUGGACAAUUCAUCUAUUUUAUUGCUUAUUACUCUACCCUCACGUCCGCCAACGUGUCCCUCGCCCUCACCGAUAUGAACGGCGGUGAUCCUUCGAGAAUCUCCUACGAUUUCUGGACCUUCCUGGUGCUAAAGUUGAUCCUCCUGUUUUUCGUGCUAGUCAUAAUUCUGUCGGGAUUCGGGGGUUGCGUGACGAAAGCAUAUCGUAAAGAAAAGUACAAGGAACUCAAGUGUUUUGAUAAUGAAGAUGAAGCAGGAACCUUUUCCGACGGGACAAGUAAUCCCGAAGGACGACGCGGUGGAGGGGAUGACGAUUCGUCGAGAUGCACUUCCGUCACCCUCAUGUCCUUCGACUAUUCAUACUGGCGUCGAAUACGUCUUCUUCGACUAAAGUAUUUCCUCCUUCGCCCUCGACCUCUCAACUACGUCUCCUCCAAAGUCAAGUCCUUCCCAUCAACUCCGACCCAUUCAAGGAGAAGUCGGCUGCUUACGAAAGCACGAGCUGAAAAUAAACAGGACGGCCCUGGUGGAACUGGGUCAGGCGGACAACAAGAGUCAUCCAACGCCACCAACACGGCUGCUACGAGUGGUGUUACCACCGGGGAGGAUAAAUCUAAAUACAGACUGAGCAAAUCCAUCAGUUUGUCAGAGACAAAUUUACGCGUGGAGAAAGUGGAAGAGCAGCAGAGAAGUGCCGAAGGGAGACCACUGCUCGAAUCCCGGAAGAAGAACAAGGGCAAGAUGUGGACGAAGGAGUUGGAGGGCAAGGAAUGUGCGAAGGAAGAUGGAAGAGGUGCUGAUGGUGCAAAAUCCCGGCGGAUGACCAGACCCAUUUAUUCCAAGGAUCCCUUGAGUAUUGCCACGACCACCUCAGUGUCAAAUUCGUUAAAUUCCUCCUCUGAACUAACAAUGUCAACCCCUACACCUACGCCAAUCCCCUCUUCCAAGAAGCGCUGGUCGGUGUCGGUGAGAAAAGGAGGAAAUGAGGAAAAGCUGCUCAAGGAGGAAGAGAAUUUGAAAAGGAGGGCUAAGGAAAAGGACAAUGGGAUAGAACUUGAAGAGCAGCAACAUCAAUCCAGGCGAAAAAUUCACAGUAAUUUUGCCAAUAAAAAUGAGUUGGACAAAGUACGGCGUAUAGUUGGAGGUGGUGUGGAACGAGUGGUCUUGGAUUUGACAGGUUUACACAGAAAACGGGACAUUGGCAAGUCUCAACUUUCACUCGCAACCACGACGGGCAGUCUGCGUCGUUGCGGUGGGUCUAGUUGCGGUGAGGAAGACUCUUCCAGGACCGAGUUGGAUGAUGCAGAUCAAGAUUUCGAAAUGGAUUACUACGAUUAUGACGUGAUGAACGCUGGGAAUAUUCCAGGGUCCUAUUUAGGUUUGGAGCCUGCUUUUGUCCUCUGGAACUCUGAAGUGUAUCAUGACGAUGAGCAGGAGGACCAAGUAGGAGGAGGAGAAGAAGAAGGAAUUGCCAACCAAGAUGAGGAUGAGGACGAUCCACUGCAGGAACAUCAUCAUCUUAUCAUUCCCAUGAGCAGCAGUAACGCUUCCUCAUCCCAUGAAGAGUGUGAUAUCGAAAUGACAGCGACGGCCAGCAGCAGUAACUCGACGAGCGUGGGCAUUUUCUCAGACCCAUUUUACACCAGCACCACCACACUGAAUAAAGGGAGUAGGAGGCAAAUCACUGUGAAAGAAACUUCUCUAGACACGCUGAAAUUCGCUGAUGAAGAUGAUGAUAGUGACAUUGAGGAGGACGAUAAUGCCACACAGGGAUCCGACUCCAUAUUCAAUACUGAGCAAGAUUUAAUCAACGAUGAUGACGAUCACCAUCAACACAACCAACCCUACAACCUCGCCUCCUGCAGAUGAACGUUGUCAAUGCAAACGGCUUCCUCCUUAUUCAAAAGUUAAAACCAACCUGUCUCUCCUCUCAACUUUCUCUUCAGGGACGAGAGCAUUAUCGUUUCUACAGACCCAUCAUCUUCUGCGUUGUUGGUGGUUUUGCUAGUUGUGGGUGGUCUCCUCCAGAUUCAGAUCUCUUCUCUUGCGGUUAUUUUUACUGAGUAGUCUGGGCAAGUAUUUACACUUUUCAUAAGAGUGCAAACAAGGCUAGAAGAGAUGGUAAAGAAUAAGAAACUCUCAUUUUCUGUACCUUAUUAUUAUCGUUGGUAUACUUGUCAUCGUCUCAACUAAUAAUCAAAUGACUAUCAUCAUCGGUACUGCGGUACUGCUACUACCACUAUUGCUACUACUCACUCGUAGGCUAAAUCUUUUGUGGGGAGCAUUUUUCUCACGAAGAUCGGUGCUUGAAAACAAACCCUUUCGCUACAAUUUCUUCCUCUUAUGUAAACUAAACAAACACACUUUCGGAAAUAUAUAUGUAUGUACAUCCAUCCGACGUCCCCUUCCUCCAUUUUCCUGACACCAACAUCAACUACUAUUACUACAAACUCUGGUAAAUACUUGGUCUGAAUGUCGACUUAUCACAUGUAAUCUUAAAACUUACCUUAUUCUAAUUAUCAUCUUUCUAGUGAAUAAUGUGUAGAACCAAAUAAAAUUUCUUUCUAUUCUUGAAUGAGGACUUUCGCCAUCAAUCAUAAUAUGUACUUGGCAUGCUACUAAAUAAUUAUAAACAUACCAACCCUUUCUCUAGAUCUGCAUAACCUUUAAAUUUACUGAGAGAUAAAUAAUAUGUACUUAUGAAUAUAUAACUUAUUUAAAACCUCGUGUAUGAUUUAUCAAUAUCAAAAUGAUGGUUAAAUACAUAAAUUAAAACUCACUUUGAUUAAUAAAAACUAAUGUGAAAUAAGGA